AUGAAAAGGGAGUUAAAUGAGGUUUAUUAUGGUGGCAACAAAGAAGAUGUGCAUGGAUUUGAGAAUAUUAAUAUGGUGCCUACUGAUUUUGAUCCUAUGGAUGAUACAGAUAUUUGGUUAAAUGGAAAUUUCUCUAAUGAUUUUACUUCUCUUCAAGAUUUUCCAUGCAUGUCUUCUUCAUCAUCAACUUCCAAUUCCCUUCCUACUGAACAAUCUGAUCCAUCUUCAAGUUGGGCUGUUCAAAAAUCUGAUGCUGAUGAGCAAGAUUUCGACACAAUUAGUGAUCAAGAAUGUCUAAAUGUGAUGGAUUUAAUCGACGGGGAUCAUGAAUUUCUUGACCCUAUGAUCUCUUUUUUGAAUCAACAACAAAAAGAACAAGCAAAUGAUGAGCAAGUGUCUAUUUUUCAAGGGGAUAGUGAACUUGCACUAAUGUUUUUGGAUUGGUUAAAGCAAAACAAAGAUAACAUUUCUGCUGAAGAUAUGAGGAGUAUUAAGCUUAAACGUUCGACAAUUGAGAGCGCGUCGAAACGAUUGGGAAGUACUAAAGAAGGGAAAAAACAGUUGUUGAGACUCAUUCUUGAUUGGGUUGAACAACACAGGUUCCAAAAGAAACAAAUGAGAGAGGAACAGAGUAUCCAAAACUCUGCCCCUUUUAACUUUACUAAUCCAAAUGCUUGCUUUUAUAAUGCCUCGUUCACCGAUUCAUCCUCUGUAAUGACAGGGCCAGUACAGGGGUACUUUGGUGAUCUGAAUUCUAAUGGAUCUUUAUUCGUGCCUCCGUAUAAUCAAACAACGAGUGGAAGUUCAACUUCUCAGUCGCAAUUUACAAUGGCGAACGCUGCUCAAUACAAUCGAUUUCCUGAGAAUGAUAUUACGAAUAAUGUUGCUAUACCUGAUCAGCCUUUAUUCAGUGCUCAAUAUGAUCAGUACCAAAUUUUCGAUGGGAACGGUGAGAGAUUGGCAAGGUUGGGCACUUGUGCUACUAAAGAAGCCAGGAAGAUCAGAAUGGCUAGGCAGAGACGAGUACCAUUGCAUCAUUAUCGUCAUCAGACUCAGAAUCAAAGACAAAUUAGUAAUGAGAAAAGUGUAAUGAUGGGUAGAAAGAUUAAUAAUUGUGCAAUAUCUCAAGCUAACAAUCCAGGAACUUGGGUAUAUUGGCCUUGUGCUGCUGCUGCUCCGCCAAUCGCCAUGGUACCAUUGGCUGAUACUCCGCAAUCACUUCCUAUGGAGAGGUCACCCGUGCAAUCACAGAAACAUCAGAAACAUGGUUCCACAGACAAAAGACAGGCUUGCAAAACAGAGAAGAAUCUCAAAUUUCUCAUGCAAAAAGUGCUGAAGCAAAGUGAUGUUGGCCAUCUAGGAAGAAUUGUGUUACCAAAGAAAGAAGCAGAAAGUCAUCUCCCGCAACUUGAAACAAGAGACGGAAUCUCAAUUGCCAUGGAAGACAUUGGGACUUCUCGUGUUUGGAACAUGAAAUAUAGAUUUUGGCCAAAUAACAAAAGCAGGAUGUACCUUCUUGAGAACACAGGUGAUUUUGUCGUAGCUAAUGGACUUCAAGAAGGUGAUUUCAUAGUAAUAUACGCGGACAUGAAGUGUGGCAAAUAUUUGAUACGAGGGGUAAAAGUGAGGCCGAAUGGAGCAAAAUCAGACGGCAAUCAGCCAGCAAAGAAAAUUGUUCGUAAAAUAGCUGCUGUUGCGUCAUCUCCAUUUGCACAAGCUGUUGGAUAG